AUGGCGGAAAUCAUCCCCACUGAAGUCGCCCACAACCUGGCGUACGCCAACCUGCUCCGCGUCUUCAGCAACCGUGACCGGGCCUCACGCCUCAGCGCCAUCCAAGAGACGUACCACGCGGACGUAAGCUUUUACGAACCGGACUGCGUCGUCACCGGCCACGACGGGGUCGACGCCAAGUCCGAAGAGCUCCUCAACUCGCGACCAGGAUGGGGCUUUGUCCCCGUGGGAAACGUCCAGCGGAACCACAACAUGGUCUAUCUGGCGUGGGGUUUCGGCCCGCAGAACGAGGCCACGGGUGAGGUGGAUGUGCAGGUCAACGGGGCCGAUGUCUUGAUCGUGGACCAGGGCAAGGUCAGGACUUUCUGGGUCAUAAUAGAGGGUAUUUCCGAUAUCAAGAAAGCUUGA